AUGUUUUUGGCUAGCUUAAAAUCUGCGAACGCUGAACGUUACCAAGUUGAAAUACUCGAGUCUCAAGAAGUCAAUUUUCUCCUGGACAAGUUUAUUGCACUCUACAAACUUCAUAAACAAAGUGGAUAUCUUACUCUUCAGCAGCUAUUAGAAAUAUUUAUGUCUUGGAAAGAAAAAAAUUCUGCAUUAAACGAAAAAUUAAAAGAACUUAAAUCUGAUAGAGGCGCCGGCUAUGCAAUUAACUCUGUGGAAUUUUUAUUGAUCAUGUUGGAAAUCAAAGAAGCUGUCUGUGCUAAUAGUUACGGUUUAAUAUCUCUUGAUUCUGGUGGAAAAGAGGACCUAAACUCUACAAUGAAAGAGUUCAAUGGUAAAACAAGAGUAAGCUUCGCGGAUUUCAUGAAAAGGAUAUUAUUUCGUCCAUGAGAAACAUCUUAAACACCAAGUAUUACAUGCAAGUGAGUGACAGUAAUAGUAGUAAGCGAGUAAGUAAUAGAGGUCUAGUGUUGGCAGGUACAAUUACAAAUAUCUGUAAAAGCAUUGUACCUUAUGCUAAUUGUGCACUUAAAAAUACAUUUUUAGUAUUU